CCGUGACCUCCAGGCACCGCGAGCGAGAGUGAGGGAGGGCGUAUUAUUCUCGAGGUGGCGAUUUCUGUCAAUUUUCUGUGUGUCUGUCAACACCAAGGGUACCACCAUGGAAGAAGAAAGAUAUUAGCGACCACUCUACAGGAGGACGCGGUUAACACUCACACCAGACAAGAACACGUCGACGUUUCAACACGAGAUCAGGAGCGACACAGAGCCCAGCACACCGCCAAGACGCAACGAUGACGGACCCACCAUGUACAUGGUUAUGCCUUUAACCUAGCGUCCUCCAUGAGCUCGCUCCGAUGAAUCACUCUAUCUUCAGAAUGGAAGGGUUACACAUUCCCUAUCCAGGCAAAUAUCAUAGGAUCAAUCACCCUGUGGUCACUGGGGCACAGGCCCUCAUCCAGACAGCUCCAGUGUACUAUGGUAACCCCCACCAGUCUAUAAGAACACCAGCACCAGCUCCUGUUCAGCCUGCUGUUGCUGCCCCUACAUACCAACCCAUAACAGAAGACGAAAACAAUAUUGUUAAUACUAUUGAAGAAAAGCCCUACAACUGUGACCAGUGCGGCAAACAGUUCGCACAGAAAAGUCAUCUCACAAGUCACAUGCAGUGGCAUAACCGUGAGAAAAAAUUUGAGUGUGAAGUUUGCAACAAACGCUUCUCAAUGGAGAGUCACUUGAAUGGACACAUGCUGGAACACAGCAGGGAGAAAAAGUUUGCAUGCCACAUGUGUGGUAAAAGGUUUGCAAUGGAGAAUUACCUGAACAGUCAUAUGCUGGUUCACAUGACAGAAAAGAAGUUUGAGUGCAGAAUAUGUGACAAAAGAUUUACCAUGGAGAAUCACCUUAAUAGUCACAUGCUUGUCCACAAUACCGAAAAGAAGUUUGAGUGUGGAAUAUGCAGGAAGAGGUAUAGCCAGAAAAGUCACCUUAACAGCCACAUGCUGAAGCACAGCAAAGAGAAGAACUUUGAGUGUACAGUGUGCGGUAAGCGCUUUAACAUGGAGAGUCAUCUCAACAGCCACAUGCUGGUGCACAGUGAUGGUAAGAAGUUUGAAUGUGUACUUUGUGGGAAGAGGUUCCACAUGGAAAUUCAGUUGAACAGCCACAUGGUUGUUCACAAUGAGGUGAAAAAGUUCGAGUGCCAUCUGUGUGAGAAAAAGUUUAGCCUGGAGAUCCACCUUAACAGUCACAUGAUGGUGCACAACAAUGACAAGAAGUAUGAGUGCCUCUUGUGUCACAAACGUUUCACUAUGGAGAGCCACCUCAACAGCCACAUGCUUGUGCACAAUGAAAAAAUCUACAAGUGUGACAUAUGCGGCAAACGAUUUAACAUGGAAAGUCACUUGAACAGCCACAUCCUUGUCCACAGUGUGGAAAAGAACUUUGAGUGUGAACUGUGUGACAAGAAGUUUGCCAUGGAAAAUCACCUGAAUAGUCACAUGCUGGUACAUAGUGAGGAUAAAAAGUUUGAGUGUCAGUUAUGCGGUAAGCGUUUUAACAUGGAGUGCCACCUCACCAGCCAUAUGCUUGUUCACAGUGACGAGAGGAAGCACGAGUGCCAGAUCUGUGGGAAGAGGUUCAACAUGGAAAGUCACCUGAAUAGUCACAUGCUUGUACACAGUGAAAAGAAAUUUGAGUGUAUUUUGUGUGGGAAAAGGUUCCUCAUGGAGAGCCAUCUUAAUGGCCACAUGCUUGUCCACAAUGAAAAAAAGUUCGAGUGUGGGUUGUGCGGGAAACGAUUCUUGAUGGAGAGUCACAUGAACAGUCACAUGCUCGUCCACAGCACCGACAAGGCCUAUGAAUGUGAAACCUGUGGCAAGAGAUUCAAUUUAGAGGCUCACCUCAACAGCCAUAUGCUUGUGCAUAAUGAAGAAAAGAAUUUUGAAUGUAGUUUGUGUGGCAAACGUUUUGGGAUGGAGUGCCACCUUAACAGCCACAUGCUUAUCCACAAUGAAAAGAAGUUUGAGUGUGAAUUAUGUGGAAAAAGAUAUAACAUGGAAAGUCACCUGACAAGUCAUAUGAUGGUGCAUGGGGAGCGCAGGUUUGAAUGUGAGAUUUGUGGUAAGAGGUUCACUCAAGAAAUGCAUCUUAACAGCCACAGAUUUAUGCACACUGAGGAGAAAAAAUAUAUUUGCGAUCAGUGUGGGAAACGCUUUGCCCAAGAGAGCCAUCUCAGGUGUCAUAAAUAUGUUCAUAGUGAUGAAAAGAGGUUUGCUUGUGAAGAGUGUGGCAAGCGCUUUACACAGGAAGCUUAUCUCCAUAGUCACAUGUUUAUGCAUAACAAGGUUAAGAAAUUUGAGUACCAAGAAUGGUCUAAACAUCCUGUCAACACAAAGUUCAUGCAUAACGAUGAUAAAAGAUUUGAGUGUGAGGACUGUGGAAGGCGCUUCGCUCAUCAGAACCAUCUAAGCAGUCACAGGUUUGUCCACAGUGAAGAAAAACGAUUUGAGUGUGGUGAAUGUGGCAAGCGCUUCACGCAGGAGAGCUACCUCACAAGCCAUAGCUAUGUGCAUAGCGAGGAGAAGAAGUUCCAGUGUGGAAAGUGUGGCAAAAGAUUUGCACAGGAGAGCCAUUUGAACAGCCACAGUUACGUUCACAUGGAGAAGAAACCUUAUGAAUUUGAUAGCUGUGGGAAGCCCAUAAUCCCUGCACAAAAGGCUACCCAGAUGAAUGGCCAUAUUGUGGUGCAGGGUGAUGGUGACAAUGGAAAAAUAAUAUCCCAGCAGCAGCUUCAAAACCCGUACGCCUACGCUCAGUGGGAACACGUGCGGACACUCUGGUCCUUGUAACAGCAUUGCCAACAAGAUCAGGCCCCUGUUAUUUUUGACAUGAAGGUCGAGUGUAGGCUCGCGCCCAGCAACAUUCUGACUCGGGAUUUCAUUUCCAGUGAUGUCCAUGUGGUGCCGAAGGGUAUAUAUAUUACUAUAUGCCCAGCUUUUGUGUGUAACAGUAUUACCUAUCACACGGCAUCUCCUAAAGUGACAGUUCACUUCACGUUUCUGACACUAGUGGAAUUACAUAUUUAAACUUCUUGUAUGUACAUAUGCAAACACAGUUAUGAAUGAAAAUAUCUUGAGUCAGGGGGAUCUCCUUAAUCCAGGCAUGAUGUAUUAGAUUUGUAGCCAAGGACAUGAGUCAUAGGAAUGAGUGUCAUUGGCUAUGCAUUAUGAGUAAAGAGAAAUGUUCAAUUAUGGCUUAGUUAUGAUCUGCAGGACAAAAUACUUGUCUGCAGGACCGUACUUGUGAGUACGUGAGGAGUAAAAAAGAAGGUCGUAUCACCUACGAUACAAGUGAAUUUCAAAAACUCUAAAAUGAGAUAAAGUUAUAUGAAUGACCUUAAAUGAUUUAAUAAUGAAGGUUGAAGUUUGUGCUUCUUUAAAAUAUUUGUUACUUGUUUGUGUUUAAACGGUAAUGGUAUGACCUCAUUUUUACCCCAUGUAAUAUUUUAGCUGUAACUGAUCAGUGCAGGCUUGGCCGAGACUGAUGAUUUUUUUUAUAUAUAUACAGAUAUAAUUAAGUUGUAGACUAGGAGGACAUGUAUGUAGAUAUAUAUACAUAUACACAUAAACUCUCCAGGUGUUAGCAUGGUCGAAAGGGCAGACCAUAGGCCUUAAGGUUGGAGGCAGGAGAGGGAGUGUAGGUCUGGCAUAGGAUCAGUAAGGUCACGGGCGAGAUGGUGGAUUGUUGACAAGAUUGGCGACACACGGCAGAGUGAGAAGAGGGCAGCUGAUGACUGUUCAUGUCGAAGAACAGAUGAACUGCAUUUACUGUAAUAACUAUUGAUUUUAGUCUUUAUGUAUAUAGUCCUUCUAAAAGUGAAAUGUUUACGCUAUCAUGAGAACGAAUCUGGAAUGAACAGGGCAGGAGUAUAAACUUUUUUUUCAAUCAAAGAAGGGGGGCGGCUGGAGAUGAACACCACUGACACAAGGGCUUUAUAAAAUUAGAAGUAUUUUAAAUUGACUAUCAGCUUUUCUAGUAGUGCUAGGGAUAACGGAAAGUGGAUUCAAUUUUAUCAUUUACAAAUGUGCGUGGCCCCACUGCUGAUGUAUGUACACUUACAUUAAUCUUAGAUGAACCAGAAAAUAACUAUACUUUACUGAAGCUAGAGAAUCAUUUUAUAUAUAAUUGUAAUUAUGAUUAAUUAUUAGAAAAAAAUCUGCUUGAUUUUUUGGUCGUCUUUAAGGAAGUGAUGAAAAGUAUGUGUUAGAAGGAUCUCUAGGUUAAGAUUCCGCACGUCUCGUGCUUCGGGUGUGGCUUGGUGAGUUGUGGUGAGGACACACUAGUGACGGGUUUAAGAUGCCAGGCACUGUUGGCGGGUCAGGGAAGCAGGGCUUUGAGGCAACUCACUGCCAGUGACUGACUUGCAGGUGAUGUAUUAGCUCACCAGAAAUCAAACUGGUCAGCUAUUCAAGACAAGUUGUUCCGUUUCGAUGAUUGAAUGUUGUCAUUCAGGGCAGACUGGAGCAAGGACAAGAUGAUCAUGAUGUUUAAAGAGAAAUGGCAGUCAUUGCAAAUUUCAUGUUAACAGACUCCCAAGUGGAAGGUAGAAAGACAGGUUUAGAGGAUAAGCAUGUCUGUUGGUGAUGAGCGCUGGGAUACCCUGACUAAGAAGGAUAAGGCGAGGAUGAGGUGUACUGUCAGGGCAGGGAGCAGUGUGGCUGUAAAAAGUGGCAUUUGAGAAUUACUUUGAAUUCCAUUUCUCAUUAGGAUUGCAUCAAGGAAACCCAAAAGAUUAAAAAUACUGCUAGGAAUCUGGAGCAAGAUAAAGUACACUACAUUUAUCUGCCUUUACAAAUAAAAUUGUUUUUAUUUUUAUUAUUUCUUUGGGGGGUAAAUAUGAAAAUAUUGGCAAGAUCUUAAAAAAAA